AUGUAUCGCAUUAACGCCAGCGAAGCGAGUCGCGAGGAACUCAUCGAGAUUGUAAAACAACUACGCCAGCAGUUACGGCAACGUCAAGCAGGGUCCGCACGGAUCAAGGAACUUGAAGAUCAAGUGACUCAGCUACAAAAAGAUUUACAAGAGAAAGAGAAUGAGGUGAAGGCACUCAAACGUCAAAGUGAACUACUAUCAGAGAAGUCGGCAGAGGAUGAAGAAACUAUCAGUGUCUUAAUUAAACAACUAGAAGAAUUAAGUUCGGGAGAUAUGAAAACGGCAGUAGGCUCUGAUGAUGUUAAAGUGGCACGUGUUAUCCCCAUGACGACUACAUCCACUCACCCCAAGAAAAAGGUAACAGCUUCUCUCAAGGCAUCCCAGUCAUCACCAAAGAUUACAAGUAGUAGUGGAUUACCCAUUCCCGGGACUACAAUUGGAGAAGCAGUUAAUGAUAAUGUCUCUAGUUCAUCAGCAAUUAUAGCACGGCAAAAUGAAGAGAUGGCUAAACUUGAAAUGAAGGUACGUGAACUAAUGGAGGUGAAUACAUUUUAUACGGCUAUUGUUUCCCAUCACGAUGAAGAAGAACGUUUACGGACCAUCGAGAAUCACAAUAAAUCUGGUGAGGGAGUCAAUGCCUCAGAUCAUAUAGAUGUUGUCUUAUUCCAAACUCGCAUUAGUACUCUUGAAAGUGAAAGGGACACUUUACAGCAGAUGCUGUAUCAGCAGAAACAUGAAAACCAUAACCUCAUGAAAGAACUUCAAGAACUCCGUGAAGAACUUUCUCAUCUCGAGUUAGAUCUUGUAGAUGCAGAACGUUGGAGAGGGGAAAGAGUUGCAACAUCUAUGACAUCAUCAGUACCUAUUCCUCAAAUAUCUACGGCUUUUUCAUCUCAUCGAGAUGAUGAAUCUCCGCCAACACGGAUACUUGCUCAGUAUGUAGUACCAAUUGAAUACAAGGGAGGAGAAGGAGGUAAAUUAAUGCCUAAACGUCCUAUUAGGAACUACAGUACAAGUUCCUUAGCUGAAGGGAGUUCACCAUCACGACGAGGGCCUGUAUCAUCAAGUAGAACUACAUUAGACUUGGAUUCUUUACCAGAGAUUCGUCUUUGGUAUCCAUCUAAGCAAGAGAAAAUGUUGUCGGAACGUCUUGAGAUGUAUCGAAAACGUAUUGAGGAAAUGCAGGCAUAUGAGGCUGAUCGACAAAGAAGCUUUGAUGAGAUAGAACGUAAUCGUGCAGAACUUUUUACUGAAAUGAAUUUAAAACUUGAGGAGAAUCGUCGGGAGAUUCAACGGCUAAAAAAAAGGCUUGCAGGAAUUUCCAAUGAGUCCCCGAAAAAAAAAGCAAAAACGUCUGAGGGACAACACCGCAUGGUGAAUGCUUCAACUUCACCAAUGGUAAUUGAAUUACAUGAGGAGGAGGAUGUUAGAACAAAAUAUUUUGGAACCUUAUCAUUGGCUGAAACAGGGGAGCAGCAAACUAUAGGAGAAGAAGAGGGUAUAAGAGCUCACGCAAAUGGUGACUUGGAGGAACCGAUAAAUCAUAUGAGUAAUGAUGAUGUGAAUGAAGAAGAAAAACUAUUGCAAAAACUCUUGGAUGCGACUUCUACACCGCCAGGUACUCCUUCAGUAAAUCAACUAUUACUUUGUAGUAAUGAAAAUGACUCUGAUGAAAAAGAAGAAAGUGUUGUAUUAGAAAGUGGUCAAAUAGGCCAUUUGAAUAAUGACUCUUCUUCAUUUAAGGGUAAAAAGCAAUCGCUCUGGGAAUUAAUUGCGUUAGCGGAAGAAAAUGAAAGAAUUGCUUUUAUUCGUGAAGAGGGAGAAGAAAUUAUUCGAAUAUUACUCUGGAGUCGAAUUGACAUGACUACGAUUGUGGAAAAUGCCACUAAACGCGCCGUGGAUUCUGCAAAAGAAGUUGAGGUUAUUACAAACAGUCUCUUAGAAAUGAGAGAAAAACUUUCUUUACUUAGUGAACAAAAGCACGAACUUGAGGCAGAGGUUGAACGGUUACAAGGAUCAAUAGUAUCUCUAAAACAAAGAGAGGUGACGAAUGACCGAGAAAAGAGAGAAGCAGAGGUAGUAGCACUCUCUGCAACGCAGAAAUUGGAGUCCAUCUUUACUCUUGAGGAAACCUGGGCAAGGGAUCGCUUGGAACCUCUCCAGUAUGUGUGUCAAGCAUAUGCUGAAGUUGUAGACGCACAAGUUGAACUUUUACGAGUCGUUUCUGUUGACCAUAGUAAAAGCGUUGCUGCUCUCUCAAAUGAUGAGUACAAACGCAUAAGUGAUGCGUUGGAUGCCAUUCAUAUUGGAACUAAUGAUUCUUUUCAAGUGGAGAACAAAAACAAGGAGAUGAAAAGUAUUACCACUUCUUCUGAACUUCCUGAGGUAAAGACUGUUGAUACCAAUGCAAAAGAAGUUUCGCUCUCAUUAAACAUGGCAUCAUCCUUGUCCUCUCCAGCUCCUCUCCAGAAAUACCCUAAUUGCGAUUUAUCUUCUUCAGAAGAAGUGUGUGGAAAUGAUUUAAAUGAUGCAAUGAACGCCAGCAGUGGUACCCCAAUCAAAGACUCUCCCUCUUCGCAGAUGAUGACCCCACAAAUGCAAUCGGAUGAAAAUACAUUAGAUAAAAGUCGUGAUAGGCUUUCUACAGUUGUUAAAAAAGAAAAUGAUAGAAGCGCUGUCCCCACUCAAAAAGUUGGUGUUGGAGGAUCAUCUUCUUGGAAUACACCUUCCAGUUCUUUUUUUCUGGGGGAACAUACAGAUAUCUCUAACAGCAUUACAGCACCUAUCACGUACAGCAAACCCCAUUUAGCAUCGGAAUCAGGGAAAGAAUUUCUGCUGGAUCCCUUACUUUAUUUUAUGACAAACAAAGAGACUACUGGAAAAAAAGAACCCCGUGUGGUUAUUGAAGAGCGUGCGUCCGAGGAAAACAAAACCCAUGACUUCUUCACUUCGGCAUUGCCGUCUACACAACCCAUCACUAAACAAGGUGGGGAAUCCCAGGGUUUUGUCGCCGAAUUUGACCCUUUUGCUUGA